UGUCUUUGAUACGCUGUCACGCCGCCAACCUCCAGCCAAUCAGAUUUAGGAGAGCGCUCCGACCGCGUGACUUGUUAACGCAUGCGCAACUUAACUUUCAGCCGGAAAAGGCUUUUGUUUUGGGUUUGAGCUUUGCGCUGUUCCCAUGCUGAGGUUUAUCGACUGUCACUGUCAUAUCUCUGCGGGGGAUUUUGACAAGGACAUAGAUGGCGUGAUAGAGAAUUCAAAAAAGGCCGGAUUGUUGGCACUACUGGCUGUGGCAGAACAUGCUGCGGAAUUUGACAAGAUCAUCGCGUUGUCACAGAGGUUCCCAGGUUUUAUUUUCCCCUGCUUAGGAGUCCACCCUGUUCAGGCAGUUUCCCCUGAGCAGUCGAGGGCUGCUUCUGUUCAGGAUUUGGAUGCUGCGCUACCUAUCAUAGAGAAAUAUAAAGACCAACUUGUGGCUAUUGGGGAGGUUGGUUUAGAUUUUACACCCAGGUUUAUCAGCAACGAGUGUGAUAAAGAGAGCCAAAGGCAGGUCCUCAUUCGUCAGGCGCAUAUAGCCAAAGAACUGGAUCUGCCUCUAAAUGUUCAUUCACGGUCAGCUGGAAGACCCACUAUCCACCUCCUCAAAGAGCAAGGUGUCGAUAAAGCCCUUCUUCAUGCUUUUGAUGGGAAGCCAUCUGUUGCCAUGGAGGGAGUGAAGGCUGGAUAUUUCUUUUCUAUUCCUCCAUCCAUAAUUCGGAGUGAACAGAAGCAAAAACUUGUUAAACAGUUGCCGUUGGAGAACAUCUGUCUGGAGACUGAUUCACCUGCGCUGGGUCCAGAGAAACAGGUGAGAAACGAGCCAAAGAACAUCUCUAUAUCUGCCGAGUACAUCAGUAAAAUUAAAGGAGUGUCAGUGGAAAAGGUGAUGGAGGUGACGACGCAGAAUGCGCUCCGACUCUUCCCAAAGCUGCAGCUGGCCAUUCGGCCCUGACACGUCUGCUUAUUUAUUCAGAUAAAAAUAUUGGUUAGCCGCAGCUUUAUGUUGUCAUUGUGAUCAUUGUGAAUUUUUUAAAGUGUGUGGCAGAGGUUCAAGCAAGUUUAAUAAAAAUUAUUCGUCUCCAUGUAUGAUAAUCUCAAAUAAAUGAAGAUGAAAUAAUAAUUUAA